AUGAUAUUUAAAAAUAUUAUUGGUGUUUUAUUAUGCUCUUUGAUUUUAUCAGUGGUCGUUUUUAGUGAUAAUAUUAAUAAUAUUAAUAAUAAUAUUGAAAGUAAUAAUCAUUUUAGUAUUAAUAUUGAUAAUUUUAAUAAAUAUAACAAGAACAAUUAUGGAUCCGUGCGUUCUAAUUUUGUAAAAAGAAAUUCUAUAAUAUUUAAAAAACGUGAUGUAGGUUCUAGGAUAAAAAAAAGAUUUAAUGGAAAAUUAGGAAAAUCCAUAAAUCUAAAUAAAAUACCAAAAAUAAUUAUUGACAGGUCAGUAAUUCCGUCAGUACCAAUAUCAACAAUAGCAGAUUCGACUGAGUCGAACAAUCCACCACAACCACCACCACCCAAUACUCAACCACCACCACCCAAUACUCAACCACCACCACCACCGCCCAAUACUCAACCACCACAGUCUAACACGAUAGCAAAUCCCAAACCCACUUUGACAACGGGAGAUGCAGCCAUAGGAAGUCCCCAGCCCCUUGAUAAUGGUCCCACUGAAACGAUAGGAUUAAAUGAUCCCACUGUAAUAAAUGAUCCUCCUCAAAGUAACGACGGAAACACAAUAGAAAAUUCUCAGGCUACUAAUACAAUUGUUAUGACACAAAGUGGUUCACAAAGUGAGCAAUUAGUUGAAGAAGUAACUAGUUAUAUAUUCUCAGUUUUAGAAAUAAAUACUCCAACUCCAACUCCAAAUCCGACGACGAAUCAACCUAAAACUACUACUGAACCUACUGAAACUUCUGAUUCUACUUCAUCUCAAAAUGAAACAGAUACAGAAUCUAAUUCUACUAAUCCAACAGAUACAAAUACAAGUGAAGAAACUACUACAACUAAUAAGAAUAUUAGUACUGAUAUUAGUAAUUCAUCAACAUCAGGAACAGGAAAAGGAACAGGAAGAGGAAAUACUUCAAGUGAAACAAUGACAUCAUCAUCCACAACCAGUGGAAUAAUAACAACACCUACCACCACCACCACAUAUAAUAAUCCAAAUCAUGGUAGUAAUAUUUUAGGUCCAAUAUUAGGUGCAAUCACAGCUUUAAUAGCAAUAGCAUGUUUGGUUAUAAUAAUUUUAUUAAAACGUAAAAGUCGAUGUGGUCAAGCUCAAAGAUUAUCAGAUGAAGAUUACGAUUCUGAAUAUGAUGGAGAAGUUACUGAAAUUAUGACACCAACUAUUGAAGUGCCACCACCCGUUUUAAUAGAUAUUGGUGGUGGUGGUGAUGAUACGGAUAACAUCAUUUCUCCCAUUUUACCUCCUCUCCCCACCACUAAUAAUAAUGUAAUGGUAAAAAAUAAUUCACUGGUUCAAAAACUUGGUAAUUUUGCUGAUAGAAAUGCACAAUUGGAAUCUUCAGAAAAAACAAUUACCGAAAAAUAUGCAAAUUUAUCUCUUGAAGUUGAAAAAUUACGGGAAUUAGGGAGUCCAGUGAAUCAAAAGAGAACAGCAGAAUUAGAACAACAAAUUCAAACUUUAAAAGAUGAACGUGCAGAAUUAUAUAAAACUCAAGGAAUGAAUGCUCAAAGAUUAUUAAAUUUAAAUGAUAGAUUAACAGAAAUUAAUCAAACCUUAACAAACAAAGUUGAUCUCCAUUUUCAAGUCCUUCGAGAAAAAGAUAUUACAAUACAGAGAAUGAAAGAUUUAGAAAAAGAAAAUGGACAACUUUUACAAAGUGCAUUAGAGGUUCAUGCCAAAGCAUUAGAAUUUCAAAGUGGAGUUGUUAUUGUUGAUAAAGAAUUUACACCUACCCCUAAAUCCCCUAAAUCUACUUCAUUAUCUACUACAUUACCAUCUACUUCAUUACCAUCUGCGUCAUCGCCAUCAUCUCCAAAUGAUAGUAAUAAUACAAGUUCUGGAUACGUAAGAUCAAGAGCUAGAUCGUCAGGUCCAGUGAUAAUACCUACAAUUACUCCACAUGAUGGUGAAAUACAUACAAUUCAAGCAUCUACUGACGGAAAUUAUUUUGCAACUGGCCAAAUAAGGCAAACAUUAUCAGGUUCUAUACAAUCAAUUAUGCAUGUAUCGUUUAAUAAUACUAGUGAAAUGAUUGCCGGUGCAUCAAAUGAUAAUGCUGCAAGAUUAUGGCAUUUGAAAACUGGUCGAAUAAGACUUACAUUAACUGGUCACGUUGGAAAAGUAUAUUCCGCAAGAUUUAAUGGUGAUUCUAGUAAAGUGAUAACUGGUAUUAGAACUAUAUUUUCAUUUUCCAGUUGCAAUGAUGUUGUUCCUUUGGAUGAUGAAGGGACAACACUUGUAAGUGGUCAUUUAGAUAAUAAUUUAAGAUUUUGGGAUGUGAGAUCAGGAAAAGAUAUUAAAGAAUUAACAGGGAUUCACCUUGGACAAAUAACUUCUGUAUCAGUAUCUCCUGAUGGAUCUAAAGUUUUAACAAAUUCCCGUGACAAUACAUUAAAAUUAGUCGACCUUGGAACCUAUGAUGUUGAGCAAACAUUUAAUCCUGAUGGAAGAUAUGUGGCAGCAGGUUCAGUUGAUGGAACUGUAUUUUAUUGGAAUACUCAAAAAUCAAAAUUGGAAAAAACUAUUAAAGAACACCAUAAUCCAAUAUGUGGUGUUUCAUGGAGUCCUCAUGGAUCACAAGUAUUCACUGCUGAUAAGGAUCGUACAGUAAUCAUUUGGUCUGGUGGAUCAAGGUGA